AACACCUCCACUUGCAUCGCAAUUUUUACUUCUCGAUAUCCAAUUUGCAAGACACAUACUUGAAUACAAACCUCACACACACAUCAAGAUGCCUGCCUCAGUAGCAUCCGCGCCGGUGAACCGCACAUCCGCCAAAACCGCGGCCUCGCGCCCCAAGAAAGCCGCCUCAACAGCAGGCAAGAAGACACAGAGCACCGCCAACGGCGUGGCAAACGGCAUCCAGCAGCACGCAUCGCCCUACACGAUCAUGGCGUCGAGAAUCGCGAACCGUGUUGCUGAGAUGGCGGAGAACAUGACUUUUGUUGAGCGUGAAAGGACACCGUCCCAGCCUGAGCAAAAAGCCGUCGAGCAACCCAAACCCGCGACUAAGAAGCCACCAAGGAAACUCGAAAUGCGCUUACCCAACUCGGGCCAAUCACCCACAAACAUCACCUUCAGCGCGCCGUUCCUCGACAACACUCUGUCCAAGCUGCUCGCGCUGCAGAACCGCAUGCUGACGGUGUCCAACGACAUUGCGGCGAGCGAGGAUGUCGAUGAGAAGACGAAGCAGGAGCAGUUUGCGCAGAGCGCGGAGUUGAGCAGGAUUAUUGCGUUGAUUUGUGCGGAGAAGGCUCGGCAGAGCGCCUAGACGCAUUGAAUGCCCUGAGAAUCUGGGAAGAAUUUGAACGGAGAGAGUACAAAAUGCUUCUUGCAUGGCGUUGAGGGUUUCUUUUGUUGGUUUGGGACAUGAAUUAUCGUGUAUGACUAUGAUGUGAGC